UCUAGCUCGCUCUCGCGAUGUUUAUGAAGGACUCCGGGUAGUCGGGCUCAGCUCGCCUUACGGGGCGCAUGAAGGCUCCCGAAGUGGGGCGGGAUGUCUAUGAACGAGACACGGAGAGGCGGGUCCAGCAUCAAAGUUCGGCUGACAGUAUUAUGUGCCAAGAACCUUGCAAAGAAGGAUUUCUUUAGAUUACCUGAUCCAUUUGCAAAAAUUGUGGUUGAUGGAUCUGGUCAGUGCCACUCAACAGACACUGUGAAAAGUACUUUGGACCCAAAAUGGAACCAGCACUAUGAUCUCUACAUUGGGAAAAUGGAUUCUAUCACAAUUGGUGUCUGGAAUCACAAGAAAAUACACAAGAGACAAGGAGCUGGCUUCCUGGGAUGUGUUCGACUCCUUUCAAAUGCCAUCAGCAGGCUGAAGGACACAGGCUACCAGCGUUUGGACUUAUGCAAAUUAAAUCCCACAGACGGCGAUGCCGUACGGGGACAAAUAGUAGUCAGUUUACAGACUCGGGACAGAAUUGGCAUAGGUGGUUCUGUAGUGGAUUGCAGAGGCCUUUUGAACAGUGAUGGGAUUGUUUGUGAACUGUCUGGUCCAGUGCGGCCAAUGAGUUGUUUUACAGAGGAGCCAGCUCCCUAUUCUGAUGGAACAGGAGCAGCUGGGGGAGGAAACUGCAGAUUUUUGGAAUCUCCAAGCCAGGAUCAGCAAGGCCAAACACCAAGAUACCAUGCAACAGAAAGCCGAAAUCAUGUUCAAACACCUCCUAACCGACCACUAGGCUAUCAGCCGCUGGACUUGCCUGAUUGUUAUGAGCAAAGGACUACAGUUCAUGGGCAGGUGUACUUUUUGCACACACAGACUGGCGUUAGCACGUGGCAUGACCCAAGAAUACCAAGAGACCUUAACAGUGUGAAUUGUGAUGAUUUGGGCCCUCUGCCUUCAGGGUGGGAAGUUCGGAGUACUGUCUCUGGUAGAAUAUAUUUUGUAGAUCACAAUAACAGAACCACACAGUUUACAGAUCCCAGAUUACAUCACAUCAUGAACAAUCAAUCCCAGUUAAAGGAACCGAGCCAACCUCCUUCAGUGUUGAGCGAUGGCUCUGUUGAAGAUGGAGAUGAAUUUCCUGCUCAGAAAUAUGAACGAGAACUGGUCCAAAAACUUAAGGUGCUGAGGCAUGAGUUGGCCCUGCAGCAACCUCAAGCUGGACACUGUCGUGUAGAAGUCUCUAGAGAAGAAAUCUUUGAGGAGUCUUAUCGUCAGAUAAUGAAGAUGAGAACCAAAGAUCUGAAAAAAAGACUUAUGGUGAAGUUUCGAGGAGAGGAAGGGCUGGACUAUGGGGGUGUAGCCAGGGAGUGGCUCUAUUUACUAUGCCAUGAAAUGUUGAAUCCUUAUUAUGGACUUUUCCAGUACUCCAGCGACAAUAUUUACACUCUACAAAUUAAUCCUGAUUCAUCCAUUAACCCAGAUCACUUGUCUUACUUCCAUUUUGUUGGCCGAAUUAUGGGGCUGGCAGUGUUCCAUGGACAUUACAUCAAUGGGGGUUUUACCGUCCCAUUUUACAAGCAGCUUUUGGGGAAACCGAUUCAGCUUUCUGACAUGGAGUAUGUGGAUCCAGAACUACACAAGAGCUUGGUGUGGAUUCUUGAAAAUGACAUCACUCCUGUAUUGGACCACACAUUCUGUGUAGAACACAAUGCAUUUGGGCAAAUCCUUCAGCACGAACUUAAGCCCAAUGGGAGGGACAUUCCCGUAACAGAGGAGAACAAAAAGGAGUAUGUGAGAUUAUAUGUUAACUGGCGGUUUAUGAGAGGUAUCGAGGCUCAGUUCCUAGCUCUACAAAAGGGGUUUAAUGAAUUGAUACCUCAGCAUCUCCUGAAGCCUUUUGAGCAGAAAGAACUGGAGCUGAUCAUUGGUGGACUGGAUAAAAUUGAUCUUGUGGACUGGAAGGCUAACACCAGAUUGAAACACUGCAUGGCAGAUAGUAAUAUUGUACAAUGGUUUUGGCAAGCAGUGGAGUCUUUUGAUGAGGAGAGGAGGGCACGUCUUCUGCAAUUUGUUACAGGCUCUACGCGAGUACCGCUCCAGGGCUUUAAGGCAUUACAAGGAUCUACAGGUGCUGCAGGACCCAGGCUUUUCACUAUACAUCUAAUUGAUGGCAAUACAGAUAGCCUUCCCAAGGCACACACCUGUUUUAACAGGAUUGACAUUCCGCCGUAUGAAUCAUACGAGAAGCUGUAUGAGAAGCUUCUAACUGCAGUAGAAGAGACUUGUGGCUUUGCCGUGGAAUGAGUGUUUUUAACCAAAGGACAUAAUUACACAAACCUGAUCAAAACCUAUAGACAUGCUGCAGUCCGUCAAACUAUUAUACAUGUUCCCUUAUUCCCCUUUCAGUCAUCGUGGGAAAAGCUUGACAUGGUUAUCAUUUCAUUUCUCCUUUUUAACCCUACUCAAACGAUCCUCACCCUGGUAUUACUUUCCAAAAGUAUUACUGAAUGCCUGUAUACAGUGGACUUGAUAAGUAGCUGUUCAAAACACAUGGAUGUUUAUAAAAGGUAUUUAUGCUAAGAGGAUCAUCAACUGAAAGCUACACACUGAUAUUUCUUCCUCAGAUUUGAAUGAUGGAGAUAGCCUUUAACCCAGUGGAUUUUUGUAGCUUUUCAUUUAUUUGUGCUUUGUACACCAACACAAAGCUAACCAUUACUAUCAGGAAGCUUUCUGCUGUAGCAGUUUUUAUACAAGUGGCACAUGCAACUAUUGUGAAGGGUACCUGGGUGUUUACAAAUCGUAUCCUGGUGGAUUUGCUAAAUAUAUAUUUGCACAAUAGGGACCAGCCUGCUAAGCUGAAAAUUACUUGCAGCAUUAGCUUGAGUUUUAAGUAUUUGAAAUAAAGUUUGCUUCAGAGAAUGUUUUAAUAUAGGAGUGAAAACUAUUCAAGAAAUGUGUUAUAUGUGGUCAAAGGCGAUUUUUGUUUUAUUGCCAAGCUAUGAAGCUUUGUUACAUUGUCUGGAAAAAUGGAAGUGUGAUGCAUUGUAAACUUCAUGUUGUAUUUUCCAUUUUAGACCUUUUUAUUUAUGAAUUCAUUUAAGUGUACCCUCAUGUAUAAAAUUUUCCAGAAAGUUGUAUAGUAAAUAUAUACUGUAAAAAUCAAACAAAAUGGAGUAUUGUACAUUUUAUAUUUCUAGACACUGAACACUUUCUAAUUGAUAUUGUAUGUGUUAAUAA